UUUCGCAGUGUGGUACUCUAGAUACGACGAUCUUUUCGAGAAGGAUGCUGCUAGGCUGGAUGACGAGGCAAAAGUUCGUCUCCUAAUGCGAAAGUUGGGUUUAGCAGAGCAUGAGAGGUACGUAAGCUUCAUUUUACCAAAGUUUCCCAAGCAUUUUAGUUUCGCACAGACAGUUGACAAACUCAAGAGCCUGUUUGGAGCGAAAGAGUCGGUUAUCAGUCGUCGAUACCGAUGUCUGCAAAUCGCGAAGAAUCCUACUGAGGAUCAUGUGGCGUUCGCGUGUAGGGUAAACAAGGCUUGCGUAGAAUUUGAACUGGGAAAGCUCACGGAAGAACAGUUCAAAUGCUUAGUAUACGUGUGUGGUCUGAAAUCGGAGAAUGACGUCGAGAUUCGUACCCGUCUCCUUACAAAAAUUGAGGACAAUAACGACGUUACAUUGGAGCAGCUCUCCGAGGAGUGUCAGCGUCUGUACAACCUCAAACACGACAGUGCGAUGAUUGAGUCUGCAGCACCAUACAACCAAGUGCAAGCGAUACAGAAGUUUGGUGGGAAGCGAUUAGGCGAGCGUGACCGAGAGUCACCACAACUGUCUUCAAGUGCUACCGGAAGGAAGCCAAGUUAUCCUUGUUGGCUUUGCGGUGCAUUACAUUUCGUCCGAGACUGUAGUUACGACAACCAUAAGUGCUCCGAUUGCAGCCAAGUCGGACAUCGUGAAGGGUACUGCGACAGUGCAAAGUUUCGGAAACCUGGAAGCAGACGUAAGAAGCGAGACGUCUCAGCCAAAGUGGUGGUGGUCGAUGUAUGCAGCGUGGAGCAGCGACGCAGAUUUGUAUCUGUUGGCCUAUCUGGAACGGAUAUUCGACUGCAACUUGACACUGCAUCUGACAUCACUGUCAUCAGCAGGGAGAGUUGGCAGAAACUCGGUAGCCCUGCGCUUUUGCCAGCAACAGUCAAAGCGAAGACAGCAUCUGGUAACAUUUUGCCACUCGAUGGGGAAUUCGAGUGUGACGUUACAAUCGGAGAAAGUACACGACGUGAUCUGAUCCGUGUUACCGAGAAACAACUACAUCUACUCGGUUCCGAUUUAGUCGAGAGUUUCAACCUUUGGUCCGUGCCCAUGGACACCUUCUGCUGUCACGUGUCAGGCUCUCCUGCGGCACCCGCUGCACUGCAAUCGAUUUUUCCAAACGUGUUCACCGAUCAGCUCGGUUUGUGCAGCAAAACUAAAGUGAAGUUGGAGCUGAAAAAAAGUGUUCGACCCGUCUUCUGCCCUAAGCGCCCGGUUGCGUACGCGAUGUAUGAUGCCGUUGACCAGGAACUCGACCGACUGGAAAAUUUGAAUAUCAUCACCCCAGUCGAAUAUUCGGAGUGGGCUGCUCCGAUCGUUGUCGUCCGUAAAGCCAAUGGUUCCAUUCGAAUUUGUGGAGACUAUUCCACGGGGCUUAACGCUGCGCUCCAACCAAAUCAGUAUCCACUUCCCCUACCGGACGAUAUCUUCGCCAAGCUGACUAACUGUAAGGUGUUCAGCCAGAUCGAUUUGUCCGACGCUUUCUUGCAGGUGGAAGUCGACGAACAGUACCGUAAGUUGCUAACCAUCAAUACGCAUCGUGGCCUCUACUCCUACAACCGCCUCCCGCCAGGUGUGAAGAUCGCACCUGGUGCCUUCCAGCAGCUCAUCGAUACAAUGCUAGCCGGUCUGCAGUGCACGUGUGGCUACCUCGAUGACGUCAUCGUCGGCGGAAAAACUGAAGAAGACCACGAUCGCAAUUUGCGGGCUGUUCUAAAACGAAUUCAGGAUUUCGGGUUCACCAUUCGAGUCGAUAAAUGCACCUUCCGCAAGCAGCAAGUGCAGUAUGUGGGUCAUAUUGUCGACAGUCGCGGAUUACGUCCAGAUCCCGCCAAAAUCGAAGUGAUAACCAAGCUGCCGCCUCCAACCGAUGUAUCUGGUGUGCGAUCAUUUUUGGGGGCUAUCAACUACUACGGCAAGUUUGUUCCCAAUAUGCGCAAGUUACGAUAUCCGCUGGACAACCUUCUCAAGGACGAUGCGAAGUUCCAGUGGACUGAUGAGUGCCAGAGAGCGUUCGAGCACUUCAAACAAAUACUCUCCUCGGAUCUACUUCUCACACAUUAUGAUCCGAAGCGGGAGAUCAUUGUCUCUGCCGACGCUUCUUCCGUUGGGCUCGGAGCAACGAUUAGCCACAAGUUCCCCGACGGCACAAUCAAAGUCGUCCAACAUGCUUCCAGAGCACUCACAAAAGCUGAACAAGGCUACAGCCAACCGGAUCGUGAAGGUUUAGCUAUCGUCUUCGCCGUCACGAAGUUUCACAAAAUGCUCUUCGGACGGCACUUUCGUUUGAAAACCGACCACCAGCCUUUGCUCCGUAUCUUUGGUUCUAAAAAGGGAAUACCGGUCUACACAGCCAACCGCCUCCAACGAUUUGCGCUCAAUCUACUGCUCUACGAUUUUGACAUCGAGUACGUGCCCACCCACAAGUUCGGCGACGCAGACUUACUCUCGAGGUUGAUCAACCAGCACGUCAAACCCGAUGAGGACAAUAUCAUCGCCAGCAUCAACCUGGAAGAGGACCUCAGGUCGGUAGUAUCUCAUACAGUUAAAGCUUUGCCUCUCAAUUUCAGAGCCGUCGCACAAAGCACCCAAGCAGAUCCACUGCUCCGAAAAGUCUACCAUCACAUUCAGCACGGUUGGCCGCAAUCUGAACAUUCAGAAUCCGACAUCCAGCGAUUCCAUGCCAGACAGGAAUCACUCUCCGUGGUAGAUGGGUGCAUCAUGUUUGCCGAACGGCUCGUCAUCCCGUCGCUCCAUCGCAAGCGAUGCCUCGAACAGCUCCAUUGUGGCCAUCCUGGUAUGCAGCGUAUGAAGGCCCUCGCUCGAAGCUACGUGUAUUGGCCCAGUUUGGAUGCUGACAUCGUCAACUUCGUCAAGGCAUGCCAACACUGUGCGGCCGUAGCCAGGUCACCUCCUCACUCUUCACCGGUGCCGUGGCCUAAGCAGACCGCUCCGUGGCAGCGCGUCCACGUGGAUUACGCCGGUCCAAUCGAAGGCGAAUAUUACCUGAUCGCCGUCGACUCCUUCUCCAAGUGGCCAGAAAUCAUUCAAACGUCCCGUAUAACCUCGGCGGCAACCAUCAGCAUUCUCGGUGGGUUGUUUGCUCGGUUGGGUAUGCCUGUUACACUAGUCAGCGACAACGGAACCCAAUUCACGAGCGCUGAAUUCGCAGAUUUCUGCGCCUCAAACGGCAUCGAACACCUCACAACUGCUCCGUUUCAUCCACAAUCAAAUGGCCAAGCUGAACGAUUUGUUGACACGUUCAAAAGGGCUGUUACAAAAAUUCGAGAGGGGAGAGGAUCGAUACAGCAAGCGUUAGACAUAUUCCUGUUAACGUACCGAAGUACACCCAACCGGGCACUGCCAGACCAAAAGUCGCCGUCCGAGGUCAUGUUUGGUCGCAAAAUACGCACCUGUCUCGAGCUACUACGUCCCCCAACGGUACGAACUCCAGUGGCACCGUCGGACGAUCACACAAAACCGAGGUUCUUCAGCCGGAACGAUUCGGUUUACGCUAAGCUUUAUGGCCGUAACGGUUGGAAGUGGGCUCCUGGAACAAUCAUCGAAAAAAUAGGAGACGUGAUGUAUAACGUAUGGAUCGAUGAUCGCCGAAUGCUGCGUUCCCAUAUCAACCAACUCCGGAGUCGCCUAGCUGUCGACUCGAUACCAAAGCAACCUGCCAAUCAAGCCACCUCUCGUCAGUAUUCGUUACCGCUCGACAUCCUGUUGGGUGCCUGGAAUCUACCAAAUCAAUCUUCUGGCACGCCAGCACCGUCCCUUGUUGCGAGCGGAUCUGAAUUAUCACCUGUCUCCAGUCCCGAGCAUACCUUGCUAGGUUCAGUGCCGGCGCUUGCGUCGUCUACACCACAGCAGGAAGUCUCGGCUUUCCCAUCAACGUCAUCGACAUCAACAACAUCAACAUCAACUGAAUUCGAAUCCGCCAUCGAAGUCGAAUCCGUGGUAAAUCUACCUAGACGUUCUUCACGAACCCGAAGACCGCCGAACAGGUUUGAUCCGUACCACCUUUAUUAAGAGGGGAGAUGUUGAGGACAACCCUAUCGCAGUGUAUUAAUUAGUACCCCGUUCAGCGCUAGGCUCUAACUCGGCAGCAUAGCUGUCAAUGUGUGAUGCCUGAUAAGCGCAUCAAUGAAAUGUUUUUGUGGUUGUCAGUUUCAGUUUGUUUACGUCCUGUAUAAAGUUGUACCGUGCUUUUAAUGUGUUCGAUAAAAUAUAGUUUGUUUUAAUUGUUAUCGUUCGCGUUUUAUUCCCAUGAUAUAGAGACGAUCCGUAAGCAAGUGUCGGGGACUUACACGGUACAAAAGAAAGGAUAUGCAAUUACUCGGAAAGUCGGCUUAUUAGCAGAGGCCCGGAGGGCCGAGCCUCAUACACCAUCCGACUCAGUUCGUCGAGAUCGGCAAAUGUCUGUAUGUGUGUAUAUAUUUUCUAAUCUCACUCACUUUUCUCGGAGAUGGCUGAACCAAAUAGCUCAAAUUUAGUUUCAAAUGAACGGUAUAAGCUCCCAUAAGCUGCUAUUGAAUUUUUUGUCGAUCGGACUUCCGGUUCCGGAGUUACGGCUUGAUGAGUGCGAUCACAUAGCAAAUUUGCAUAUAAACUGGUACCACCAUGAUGCACAAACGAUGUAGUACAUAUUAGAAUGGGUGUAACAUUAGUUGGAUUUGCUGGUCUAGAUCACUAAUGACCAAUAAAAGUAGCUUUGACCACAUUGGCCGCCUAUGACGAUUCUUGAUGCCCCCGGGGAGCAUGCCAAGUUCCAAGUUAAUGUCACGCUUAUUUCCCAGCGAAUUCUUGACCGAUUGACCGAUAAAUUGAUUCUUUCACAUAUUUCAUGAUAUUUGUUUUGCCAAAAGUUGGCGAUGGACACCAAUCAGAACCGAUUACAUUAUCGUCAAUUCGGUUCUUGCGGAUUCUUACUAUGACUUUCACCAAUCAACUCGCAUAUUGUUUGUUGAUUUUAAUCGGCAAUUUUAUUACUUGUGUGUUCAAGAUAGCUUUAAUUCGGUUGAGCUUAGCUGUGGUUUCGUUUUAGGUAUAACACUUAUCUUUAGAAAAAACACUUGUAAUCUAUCUUUAGAAAAAACACUUGUAAUACAGUGAAGACCCGAUUUUAUCAGCCCCCCGAUUUUGCCAGCUUUUUGACCCGAUUUUGUCAGCAUCAUAUGAAAAUUGAUAGUUAGUAGUUUGAUGGGCUCUAGCAGACGAACCAAGUUGAAUUCGAGUAAAUCCUUUAUUGAGCAUAUUUUUCUUAUUUUAGAGAUCCGAAAGAUGGAAAAAUAAACAUUUUGAUUUUUUUUAAAUUUUGCUCUGUCAGACCUCUUUAAAGGAAAUUCAAACUAAAUAAUCAAAAAGGGUUAUGAGGCUAUAUCUAGGGACUAAGGAAAAGUACUAUAAGAGCUUCUGUUUAUUAGAAAGAAAGAAAAAUAUAUGUCCCCGUUUUAUCAGCCUAAAAUUCAUCGAGGGGCUGAUAAAAACGGGUCUCCACUGUAUUACAAGACGUCUUUCCAUAAUUAAUUCUCGAAUUAAUAAGUAUUCAUGCUUUGUCCGAUUAGUGUCGACUAUCAGAGUGCUUCAUCUGCAUUUAACUUUGCAAAUUCUGUAGCAUAAGCAUCCAAGUUAACUAUAUACCAUUCAAUUCAGUUCGGCUAGACCGCUAAAUGUCUAUGUGUAUGUUUGUCAAAAAAUGUCACUCAAUUUUCUCAGUGAUGGCUGAACCGAUCGAUCCUACCUCCGGUUCCGGAGUUACGGGUUGAAGGGUGUGGUCUGCAAAUUCACUAAAGACCAAUCAAAGUAGCUUUGACUAUAUUGGCCACCUAUGACGGUUUUUGAAAACCCCGGGGAACUUGCCAAGUUCCAAAGUUAAUGUCACACCUAUUUAUCAGGAAAUUCUUGACUGAUUUUUACAAACUUGCCUUCAAAUGAUAAAUACAAUAGUCCCAUUAACUGCUGUUGAAUUUCAUCCAGAUUUGACUUUUG